UCCUUCUCUGAGGAGCGACAGUUCCCCAGCUUCCUAGUCAGCCGGCAGCCAAACAGGUUCUUCCCCAGCCUGAGACAGUGCGACCAAGGCGCAGGGCAGAGGAACGUGCGUGGGGGACGCUGUUAGAGAAGCCGAGCCGAACCGGCGCGCCCUGGCCAUGAAGACUUCGGGAGCGGGCGGAGACGCGCGUCUCUUGACCGCGAUCGUCUUCGCCCUGCACUUGCGGUUGGCUGCCGGCGUGUGCCCGUGUCAGGAUCCCGCGCUUUGCAAGCCUAUCUCCAGCCCCAGAGACUUCGAGGUCUUUGUAUUUGAUGUUGGUGGGAAGACCUGGAAAUUUUAUGAUUGGACACAAAUUACAACAGUGGCAACUUUUGGAGACCAUGACCCCGAGCUUAUAUGUUAUGCUCAUUCAAAAGGAUCCAGGGUUGUUUUAAAAGGAAAUAUAUCUGUGAAGAAAAUUUUAAAACCUGCUGUUCGAAUAGCCUGGAUAAAACAAAAUAUUGACCUGGCUAAAAAGCAAUACAUGGAUGGAAUCAAUAUAGACAUUGAACAAGCAGUUAAAAAAUCCUCAGCUGAAUAUUAUGCAUUAACUGCUUUAGUUAAAGAAACAACAGAAGUUUUUCACAAAGAAAUUCCUGGUUCUCAGGUAACUUUUGAUGUGCCUUGGUCUCCUGAAUGUAUAGAUGGUAGAUGUUACAACUAUACCGGAAUUGCUGACUCCUGUGAUUUUCUGUUUGUGAUGUCUUAUGAUGAACAGAGUCCAUUGUGGUCCAACUGCAUAGCAGGGGCCAAUGCCCCUUACAAACAAACUUUAUUGGGUUAUUACCAGUAUAUUCGCAUGGGCAUUAAUCCAAAGAAACUGGUGAUGGGUGUGCCAUGGUUCGGCUAUGAUUAUAUAUGCUCAAAUUUAUAUAAGGAUCACGUUUGCUUCUUUGCAAAGAAUGUUUUCCCAGGGGCUCUGUGCAAUAAUGUCAUAAGACAAAUCCCAUAUAGAAUCAUCAUGACAUUGGAGAAGACUUCUACUUCUGGCAUCCUGUGGGAUGAGGAACAAAAAGCUCCUUUUUUAGAGUACAAGGACUCAAAUGGUGCUUUUCAUCAACUGUGGUUUGACAAUGCCAAGAGUAUUUCUCUGAAAGCAGCCUAUGCGAAAGAACGUGGUCUGAGGGGCAUUGGGAUGUGGAAUGCAAAUUGCCUGGAUUACUCGGCAAGCAUUGCAGCUCAACAGCAAAGGGAAGCAAUGUGGAAAGCCUUGAAAGGCGCAAAAUUUAUGCAAGAGCCAGACUUGAAUUCAGACAACAGUGAAUGAUUAAGUUAGUUUUUUAAUGGGUACAGCAUAAUGCAGUAAAAAGCUGUGAAGGCUACUUGCUGUUCAUUUACCUUGUUCCAUUAUGAGAUACGUGCCAUGUUUCUCAGGGUUAAGGUGUUUUAUUUAUUUCUCCAUAAGAAAAAGAAUUUACAUCAAUCAUUCUAACAUUGUCCUUUAAUUUUAGGAAAGGGAAAAUACAUGUCAUAAAUACAGCAAAUAAAGUAUUUUUUAUAAUUACAUAAAAGCUUUUUGCUUAUGACUGAUAAAAUCAAUAACUGGAGGGGAAGAGAAGAGAGUGAAAAAUGGUUGCAUCGAUGAACAGUUUUUAAUUUACAGUUUGGUUCAGAAUAUGUUGCUCUAGUGAAGUAGAAUAACCUUUUUUUGUAGCAGCUUUAAUUUUUCAGAUUAUGUAUAAUUGUUUUCCAGAAUCAAUCCCUAGUAAUUGUGGCAAUUGAAAAUGGCAA